UUUUCUUAAUUUUUAGGUCGAUGGUCAAAAGUAUUGUGGGCAAGGACGAAGUAAAAAAAUUGCAAGAAUUGAAGCAGCUGCAACAGCAUUAAGAAGUUUUAUACAAUUUAAAGAUGGAGCUGUGUUAACACCAUUAAAACCAACUGUUAAUGUUGAUUUUACAAGUGAUGAACACCUUGAGAAUGAGGUGGCCAGAAAUUUGAUAUCAACUGAGGGUCAAAAGAAAGUUCCCGAUAAAGGUCCUGUGAUGUUAUUAUAUGAAUUAUUCAAUGAUGUACAUUUCGAUUGUUCAAUGGUAGAUGGUGCUCAGAAUAAUUGUCGUUUUAAAAUGACAGUGACAGUAAAUAAUUGCAAAUUUGAAGGGACAGGUCCCUCGAAAAAAUUGGCUAAAAAUGCAGCAGCAAAAGCUGCAUUAGCAUCAUUAUGCAAUAUAUCAUAUAGUCCAAUGAUGCAUCCGCAAAAAAAUUUACCCAUUCCAAUUGAUGAUAAAACAGCAUCCAUGGAAUUACCACAGAUACAUGCUGAUAAAAUUGGUAUGCUUGUUUUAGAGAAAUUCCAAGAAGUUAUUAAAGGUCAAGAAUCAUAUUCAAGACGUAAAGUUUUAGCUGGUAUUGUUAUGUCAGAAAAUAUGAAUUUUAAUGAGGCAAAGGUUAUAUCCGUUUCAACCGGAACAAAAUGUGUAUCUGGAGAACACAUGAGUGUUAAUGGUGCUGUUUUAAAUGAUUCUCAUGCGGAAAUAGUAUCGCGUAGAUGUUUGAUGAAAUUUUUAUACGCACAAUUGGAAAAGCAUUUGAAUCCUGCAACCAUAAAUCAGUCUAUAUUUGAAAGAAAUCCAGAUAACACGCAAUAUCCGUACAAAUUGAAAAAUGGUGUCCUAUUUCAUUUGUACAUAAAUACUGCACCGUGUGGCGAUGCUAGAAUAUUUAGUCCACAUGAAAAUGAUUCCGGUGUUGAUAAACAUCCAAAUAGGAAAGCAAGAGGGCAACUGCGCAAUAAGAUAGAAUCCGGUGAAGGAACAAUUCCUGUGAAAAGUUGCGAUGGUAUUCAGACUUGGGAUGGAAUAUUACAAGGUCAACGUUUAUUAACAAUGUCAUGUUCUGAUAAGAUUGCAAGAUGGAAUAUUGUAGGUAUUCAAGGUGCAUUAUUGGCAUCGCUUGUCGAACCAAUUUAUCUGCAUUCAAUUGUAUUGGGAAGUUUAUUACAUCCAGAGCAUAUGUAUCGUGCGGUAUGUGGCAGAAUUGAAAAAUCAAUUCAAGGUUUACCACCACCAUAUCAUUUGAAUAAACCGCGUUUAGCAUUGGUUACAUCAGCUGAGCCGAGGAAUCAGGCAAAAGCACCAAAUUUUGGUAUAAAUUGGACAAUUGGUGAUACAGAAAUUGAAGUUGUUAAUUCAUUAACUGGGAAAACAGUUAAUAAUCAAGUGUCACGUUUAACAAAAAUGAAUUUCUUUAUGAAAUUUGCAAAUCUUUUAAAAAAUUUACCAGGUUUACAACAACGAAAAAUAAUUAUGGAUUAUGGCGAAACAAAGAAAGCUAUCAAAGAUUAUCAGACCGCCAAAAAGGAAUUAUUUGAUGCUUUCAAAAGAGAAGAUUUGGGGAAUUGGUUAAAGAAACCAAUUGAACAAGAUGAAUUUUGUCUUCCUGAAUGACUACCUUACACAAAGAAAACAAAUCAAUUAAAAAAAUACAAUAAAUUUAAUAACAAAACCGUUCAUGAAGUUGAAAGAUAUUUUUAUAAUUUUAAUAAUUUGAUUGAAAAAAUUAUGUUUAAGCAAGUUAUUUUUAAUUUUAUUUUAUUAAUCAUUACAAAAUUUAUUUGUAUAGAAACAAAAAUUA